UUCUUCUUCCAUAAACAACGCCUGAACACACAAAUUUUAAGCUUUCCUUCUCUCUCUAAAAUUCCUAAGUUCUUUGUUUCUGGUUUGAUUGAAUUCUGUGAUUUUGAAGGAAUCAGAAAGGUGAGAAACAUGAAUGGGAAAGCUGCCAUUAGCAAGGAGCUCAAUGCUAAACAUACAAAGAUAUUGGAGAGUCUUUUACGGCUUCCAGAGAAUAAGGAGUGUGCGGAUUGUAAAGGAAGGGCUCCGCGAUGGGCAAGUGUGAAUCUAGGAAUCUUUAUUUGCAUACAAUGUUCAGGUGUACAUAGAAGUCUUGGAGUGCAUAUAUCUAAGGUCCGGUCUGCAACCUUGGAUACAUGGAUACCGGAUCAAAUUUCGUUUAUGCAAGAGAUGGGUAACGAAAAGUCGAACAGUUAUUGGGAAGCAGAACUACCACCAUCAUAUGAUAGGAGUAAUAUUGAACACUUCAUUCGAGCUAAGUAUGACGAGAAAAGAUGGGUCUCAAGGAAAGCAACACAACCGAGCCAUAGACCAGAUUUCAACCAGGGACCAAACGAUACUAGAAAAUCCAGCAACAACUCUCAAAUGCCACAAACGACUUAUUCAGUAACAAGAUCUCAUACGGGAUCUUUAGAUAUGAAGACAAAGGGGAUUCUAAUACCUCCACCAAGGGCGACAUCACAAGUACCAGACUUUAAACAUGGAGGAUAUGAAGAGGGCGCAAGAAAGAUCACAUCCACCGCACCUCCGUGGGAUAAUUCCUGGGCAACAUUUGAAUCCGCAGAAGUAACAAAUCCAAGAGAUAUACCCAGACCAAGACGUUCAUCGGGAGAAGUCACAUUCGGGGAGUUACUACUUUCAACAUCACUACCAACGCCACAAUAUGGAACAAUGAGGGAGAUAGACAGUAAUAAAAUCAUCAGACAGCAGCAACACUACCCUUCUCCACCAACAUCUAUACAGACACAUGGCCGGAGUUCCAGUGAUUCUUGUGUGCGUCUUCGGACAAAUAUAAGUGUUGAUGAUUUACAGGUUACUGGAGGAAAGAAACCAACUCCCAGUGGGAAUUUUUUUUGAUAUAUAAUCAGAUCCGCGUAUAUUAUUUCCAUCAAUCUGGCAGUGUUUAUAACAACUAGACAACAACACUUGGAGAGAAAGACAACAUCCUGUGUCUACUGCAUCUAUACUCGAGCGACCUAUAUCACUUGCAUUAUCAGACCCACUAUCACCAAGAUGCAAUUAUUUUUUCCUGUCAGGGGGCGGCCUGAAAUUUUAUGCUUAUUGAACAAGAAGCAAAAUGGAAAUCUAAUCAUCGCAGUAACAUAAUUAUCAGCUGUGUUGCAACUCUUAUGUCGUCUAGUUUAAGGUUUUCGUGAAUGUCCCUCAGUUGAAAUUUGAGUUACUAAAAUGUUUGUGCCUAAAGUUAUAGAACUUCUUAAAUCAAUAAUGCUAAUGUCCAUGUUAAUCCUCUGACACUGAUGGUGAAGCAAGUUUACUACAAUAAGAAUUACCCUACGUA